AUGUCGGACUUCGUCUACACACUCGACUCCGAUGAUGAGCUCAACCCUCAGGAGGGGCCGGCAAAGUUGGGCCCGAUCAUCGCUUCCGCCCCCAUCCCUGCGACUCGACCCAAGGUUGCGAAGCGAUUGCGCGAAGAGACCAAAGUCGCACGAGCUCGAGGCGGACCCACGCUGCUGAGCAAGAAGGCCGGGUUAGUCACUACGACUAGGGAUCAACCAUCGACCCAAGGCGACGAUGAGAGCACCGCAGGCGAGAGCGGAGCUAUGGGUGACGAAGGGGCCCAAAUCAACUCGAGCUUCGUGUUCGAUGGUCUUGGGGGAGGCUACGUCGGCACAAGCCGCAACAGCGUCUGGGUCAGUUGGAGCUUUUCUGAGCUCGGUGUGACCUUCUUAUUUUUGUACCGUAGCACUGACCGCUGACUACCCGAACCGUCAGGAUGCGGGGGAUCCGUAUCUGGUGCGGCGUCCAAAUGCGAUUGUGAGUAGAGGCCGGACUCGGUCUCAAGGUGCGGGGGCUUCUAUCGCAGGCUUGUAGUGACAAUUACCCCUUUCUUCCCACUCGGCCCCGUUGACCAAUUCUCAGCCUCGCGUGACAGUAGACGAGAUUAUCGCUCGUCGAGCGCCCACCCGGAAGGUCGUCAAUUCAAGCAGAGCUGAUAACGCGUCUUCACAAGAUGUAGCUUCUUCGGGUUUUGGCAGUCGCGAUGAAGGUGGCCUGCCUUCGGCAUAUGCUCCGGGGAAGCGAUCUCAUGUCGAUGCGGAUGCAAAGGAUAGAAACUGGCUCGAGCAAUGCGUCGACGAAGUGCAUGAGGGCCAUGCCUCGACAUCUUCUGGAAAACGGGCCUAUCGCGGUCUACAGACAAGCAGCACACAGGACGAAGGAUCUGCGGACAGAUUACCUGUAUCCCCAAGCUCAAUCGCUGAAGGAUCGGACCGCAGUGUUAACAGCGAUGGCAGCGACUAUAGCGACGAUGACAGCACCGAAGACAAUAGCGAGGGCCGAUCCGCGCCUCACACUGGCGGUCAGCAACCCGAUCAAUUUCUCCGUCCUAUGGAAAACCCGCGCCUGACCCGAAACAGGUUUUUAAUCUUUUCGGCACCUACCACAGGCUUUGCAGCGCUCGCAGAAAUAGAUCCGGAUUUGCUUGUCGACGAGGAAGGCUUUGGAACUUCGGUAGGGUCGGACUCGCCCAAGGCCGACUCCUCGAAUGAACCCGAUGGUGCAGCCGCCAUCAAAGCAUUUUUUGCACCCCACACUGUCACUUCGUCCUCGAGCACAAAUUUAUCUUUUGCCACUCUCCCCGGCUGCACCAUCUCUCGUCAGCUUCUGCUCGCUCUCAGCAGUCUGAGUCUGGCCGUCCCAACGCCAAUUCAACGCGAAUGCAUACCGAUCGCAAUGAUGGGCAAGGACAUCGUAGCGAGCUCGGCCACUGGCUCAGGGAAAACGGUGGCUUUUUGGAUCGGCGUGCUUGAGCGCCUCCUCCACCGGGACCGCCGAAACUCCAUGACUCGCGUUGUCGUCAUCACCCCCACUCGCGAACUCGCGGUGCAAGUACACGGCGUGGGCAAAGCGUUGGCGCGCUACACGGACGUCGAGUUCUGUCUCUGUGUUGGCGGACUGUCUCUCAAAGUACAGGAAGCCGAGCUCAAGCAGCGUCCCGACAUCGUAGUAUCCACGCCCGGACGGUUGAUCGAUCACGUUCGCAACACGCCCUCGUUCACCAUGGACGGCGUAGAAAUUUUGGUACUCGACGAAGCGGACCGCAUGCUCGAAGAGGUCGGUUUUUUGCAGUGACUGUCUAAGCGUGUUGGACCUGACAAGUUUGACUUUGAUCAUGCCUUAUGCAGGGUUUCCGAUCCGAGCUCGAAGAAAUCAUUGAGGCCACGCCUCGGUCACGCCAAACCUUGCUCUUCUCCGCUACUGUGACCGAGUCCAUCGCCCAGCUCACUCGGCUGUCGAUGAACAAGCCUGUGCGCGUCAAGGUCGACCAGAUGGGCGCCACUGCUCCAGGUUUGGUGCAGGAAUGUGCGUCAUCGUGACAUGAUCUUGGCCGACCCAUUUGUUCGAACUGAACCGAUGCCUUUUCUGAACAUAGUCCUUCGAGUGCGCGGGGAUAGACCGGGAGAAGCUAUCGAGCGCGGCUUUCGGUCUGGCGAGCGAACCCGGGAAGCCUUAUUGGUCACAUUGUGCGCCCGAAGUUUCGCAACCGGACGCACCAUAAUAUUUUUUCGAUCGAAGGCUCAGGCCCAUCGCAUGAAGAUCAUAUUUUCGCUCGUCGGUCAAGGCUUGCAGAAAGCUGACGAGCUUCACGGAGAUCUUACUCAAGAGCAACGCCUGGAGAGUCUCAAACGGUUUCGAGAGGGCGAAUGUUCGUUCCUUCUCGCUACUGAUUUGGCCUCCCGCGGGUACGUGAGCUUGAUGGAUUUGGCCUUGCGGCCGCUCUGACAUUGACUCGAUUUCGCUUUCGACGCCUCGCAUUCUCUACAGGCUCGACAUUAAGGGUAUUGACAAUGUCAUCAACUAUGAGAUGCCAAGGUCUAUCGAGAUCUAUCUGCAUAGGGUGGGAAGGACAGCGCGCGCUGGCCGGCAAGGAAGGUGAGGCUUUGCAAAGCUCGAGACCGUGCGAGUGGCGGCUUGCGUGCUGAUACUCUAAACACGGUCGAAACUCGACCCUUCGCCAAUGAUAUAAUGAUCUGCACGACUCACAGAGCGCUAACGCUGGUCGGAGAAUCGGACCGAAAAUUGGUUAAGCUUGCAGUCAAGCAUGCGCCGCCCGAAUCGAUACAACAAAGAGUGAUACCGGUGGAGGCGCACUUCGAUGUAUUGGCGCAACUUCAAGAACUUGAGAGCGAAGUCAAGGCGGUGCAGCGCGAGGAGAGGGAGGAAACCGAGGUCGGUGUUGUUUUCUUCGCAUCCUGUCGCUGUUCUUGUGCGCAUCGGCUGACCUGCUCAGCUGCUGUUCGCCUCGGACGCUCUAUCGACUCCUCUCCAGACGAGAAAGGGUGAGAUGGAACUGUCCAAAGGCCGCAACCUGAUUCAACACGAACGAGAGAUUCAUUCCAGGCCGGCUCGCACUUGGUUCCAAACAACUCAGGAAAAAAAUAUCGCGAAAAGUUAGUCCAGCCUGGGAGGAGAGGGGGAGGGGGGAGGAGGAGCGACGAAAGACGAUCUCACCUACUUCUUGUCCCGCUCCAGCUGCCGGCCUAAACGAACACAACCAGAAGUUCAGAGACCGCAAGCCUAUCAAGCCUACCACAGUGACGGAUGAUAGACCGGCCCCAAAGCGCACAGCGUUCUCGGGUCUGUCCAGAAAAGAAAAGCGGCGCAAAUUAGCGUCACUCGAAGACGCUGAGGAUGAUGAUCGCGGCAAGAUUGAGGGAUCGAUUCGCUCGGCCAAGAGGGCCGCGUUGCCGCGUAAAAUGACUGUGGCCUCCGAAGCACGCGCGACAACCCACCAAUCAAGAAAAUCCAAGGAGAGACGUGCGGGUGAUUUCGAUCGAGAGCUCGGGGUCAGUCGGAGGGCGAUCGGUGAACUCGACGACGAGUCUGGGUCUAGGAAGAGCUCGUCUGUUCGAGGCGGAGUCUUCAACGCCAGCCGGAAGGGUAACACGCGCCGUCAAAAGCGCUGA